CGGGGUGUCACGUAGCGCCCUGCCCCUCCUCCGUCACUGUCCCGACGCGUCCCGGAGUCUCGGGAGAGACGGCAGAGGGACUCCGCCGCUCAGAGCAAGCACUCGCUCCAGGAGACGCCCCCGGUGUUCCUCUGUGGGAAGCUGGGUUUGGGUCUCCGGAGCAGGGACGGGGGGUCUGAGGGGGCGUCGAAACGGGCGGAUUUAGGAGAGGGGGGACGCGAGGAUCCCCUGAGGAUACUUACGACGCCCGUUUUCGGUGGAAUGAGACAAGGCUCUUGGGGGAAGGGAGAGCCACCACGACGGCGAAAGGGAAGGCGGAGGAGAGGAGGUCUCGGGGGAGAGGAGGUCUCGGGGAAGAGGAGGUCUCGGAGGAGCGGAGGUCUCGGGGGAGAAGAGGUCUCGGGGGAGAUGGCGUCCUCUCUGACGGGCUUUCCAGACGCGCUGUUCGCCGGCCGAGGGCUGCUGUGGGACCUGACGGCCGCGGCCCUCCGGCGGUGGAGGGGGGUGAACCUGAGGGUGCUCCACCUGCUACUCCGGCAUCGCUGCCUCCCCACCGCCCUGUACCAGAUGACGGAGGGCCGGCGAUGUCAGGUCCAUCUCCUUGACGACCGGAAGCUGGAGCUGCUGGUGCAGCCCAAACUGAUGGCUAAAGAUCUCCUGGACCUGGUGGCAUCCCACUUCAACCUGAAAGAGAAGGAGUAUUUUGGGAUAUCAUACACCGAUGAAACGGGCCAUUUCAGCUGGCUGCAGCUGGAUCGCAGGGUCCUGGAGCACGAGUUCCCCAAGAAGUCUGGACCGGUGGUUCUGUUCUUCUGCGUCAGGUUUUACAUUGAAAGUAUAUCCUACCUGAAGGACAAUGCUACGAUUGAGCUGUUUUUCCUCAACGCUAAGUCUUGCAUCUCCAAGGAGCUUAUCGAGGUGGACAGUGAGGUGGUGUUCGACCUGGCCUCCUUCAUACUGCAGGAGGCGAAAGGUGACUUCACCAGCGAUGAAGGGACGAGAGGCGACCUGAAGAAGCUCCCAGCGCUGCCCAUGCAGGCCCUGAAGGAGCAUCCGUCUCUGGCCUACUGUGAGGACCGUGUGAUUGAACACUACAAGAAGCUGAGCGGCCAGUCCAGAGGCCAGGCUAUUGUCAACUACAUGAGCAUAGUGGAGUCCCUCCCUACAUACGGAGUCCAUUACUACGCUGUGAAGGACAAGCAGGGCAUUCCGUGGUGGCUGGGGCUGAGCUACAAAGGCAUCUUCCAGUACGACCACCAGGACAAGGUGAAGCCUCGGAAGGUGUUCCAAUGGAGACAGCUGGAGAACCUGUACUUCAGAGAGAAGAAGUUUUCUGUGGAAGUUCAUGACCCUCGCAGCAGGGCGUCGGUGACCCGCAGGACGUUUGGCCACAGUGGCAUCGCGGUGCACACCUGGUACGCCUGCCCGGCCCUGAUUAAGUCCAUCUGGGCCAUGGCCAUCAGCCAGCACCAGUUCUACCUGGACCGAAAGCAGAGCAAGUCGAAAAUCCACGCGGCGCGAAGCCUGAGCGAGAUGGCUCUGGACCUGACGGAGACGGGGACCCUGAAGACGUCCAAGCUGGCCAGCAUGGGGAGCAAGGGCCAGAUCAUCAGCGGGAGCAGCGGGAGCCUGCUCUCCUCAGGUUCUCAGGAGUCGGACAGCUCUCAGACGGCUAAGAAGGACAUGGUGGCCGCCCUCAGAGCCAGACAGGACGUUCUGGAGGAGACACUGCGACAGAGGCUGGAGGAGCUGAAGAAUAUCUGCAUGAGGGAGGCGGAGCUGACAGGGAAGCUGCCUAAGGAGUACCCGCUGGACGCGGGCGAGGACCCGCCGGUGGUCCGGCGGAAGAUCGGCCCGGCCUUCAGACCGGACGAGCUGAGGACCCUGCCCGAGGAGGAGGAGCUAGAGCGGCUGGAGCGGGAGUUCGCCAUCCAAUCACAGAUCACCGAGGCGGCCCGGAAGCUGGCCGGCGACGCCCACAUCACCGGCAAGAAGCUGAAGAAGCAGAGGAAGACCUCCUACCUGAACGCUCUCCAGAAGCUGCAGGACAUCGAGAACGCCAUCAACGAACACCGCGUCCGCUCCGGCCAGAAGCCCACGCAGCGGGCAUCCCUUAUCAUCGAGGAGGCCAAUAUCGGCUCUGAAGAUAGCUCCCUGUCAGACGCCCUUGUCCUCGAUGACGACGAUCCCCAGGUGACGGGCCCCUUCUCGCCCACCGCCUCCCCCCACCGGGGUCUGCCUCCCCGCCCCCCCUCCCACAGCCGGCCCCCGCCCCCGCAGUCCCUGGAGGGGCUCCGCCACCUGCACUACCAGCGCAGCGACUACGACAAGUCCCCCAUCAAGCCCAAGCAGUGGAGCGAGUCCUCGCUGGACGAGCCCUACGAGCGCAUCAAGAAGCGCUCCUCCUACAGCCACUGCAGCACUCACAGGCGGUACCCCAGCACGGGGAGCUGUGCGGAGGCCGGGGGCAGCAGCUCCCUGCAGAACAGCCCUGUCCGCACCCUCCUGCCCUGGAGGUGCCAGAGCAGCGUGCCCUCCACCCCUGAUCUGAGGACCCACACCCCCCGCAUCCACUCCACCAGGUCGGUGGAGCUCCGCGGCCUGGCCCGGCACUUCCGCACGCGCAGCUCCAGCCUGGAGCUGUGCCCGGCGGCCGGCCAAUCGGACGACGGCUGCUCCUGCGGCAGCCCCUCCCCCUCCCCGGCCCCCGGCUACGCCACGCUGGGCGCGGGCCCCCGGCGCCCCGGCUCGGCCGGCCGGCUGGGCGCGACCGGGUCGGGGAGCAUGCCCAACCUGGCGGGGCGGGGCGGGGGGGCGGGCGGGGCCCUGCUGGGCAGCCGCAGCCAGCCCUGCUCGCAGUACCGCAUCCGGGAGCACCCGCUAGCGACCAGGAGGGCCACUACAGCCUGA